ACACAUAACAUACUAUCAAUACAAUAUAAUAAUUUAAUGCAAUAAAUUUGUGGUAUUUUUUAAUUUAAACAGAAAAAAAAAAAACAAAAUGCAGGACCAAGCUCGGUACUGGUGGAAGCUGAUUUACAUCGCCGACGCCAAAGGUAUAAUUGCCGGUUUGGCUGCACAUUCUGGCCAAAUAUCUGUGGGAUUGUCCCAAGGAUUCAGUGCGAUAUUGGUACCAAAAUUAGUAAAAUCAAAUUUUGCGAGCAUCAAUGAAGCCUCGUGGGUUGCCUCAUUGGGGGUUAUAUCGAACCCAUUGGGUGCAUUUAUUGCUGGGAUAACUGCUGAGUGUAUUGGCAGAAGAACUGCAAUAGCAUUGGCAACAUUGCCUCAUGUUACCGGUUGGUUACUUAUUGCUUUUGCGCAUGACGUACCGACAUUAUAUGCCGGAAGAUUUAUUGGCGGUAUCGGUACCGGGAUGGCGAACGCUCUUUAUCUCUACGUCACUGAGGCCGCAGCACCGCAUCAAAGAGCCUGGUUAGCAUCAGCAGGACCAAUCCUCGUAUCAUUCGGUGUCUUAGGAAUCUAUGCACUGGGCGCCUUAACAACUUGGCACAGUAGCGCAGCAAUAAGUAUAAUUCCAGCGAUUAUUUCAUUAGCUCUUACAAGAGUAAUACCCGAAUCACCGGCAUGGUUAGUGCGUAAAAAUCGUCUUGAUGAAGCAAAGCAAGCCUUGAUUUGGCUCCGUGGUCCUGGAUUAGUUUGCGAGCACGAAUACAAAGAAUUGUGCACCUCGAAUGUCCAGCAACUGACAAUAAAGUCUGAAAAUUUAACUAAAGUGAUAAAAAACAUAUGGAGACCUUUUAUAAUAUUGUUUAUAUUCUUUGCAUUGCAGCAACUGUGCGGUAUCUACAUAAUACUUUUUUAUGCGGUUAAUUUUUUAAAAGACAUCGGAACGGAUAUCGAUGAAUAUGUAGCAAGUGUCGGAGUUGGUGUGAUUCGUCUCGCUGCAGCCAUUUUGGGCGCCGGGUUGGCCAACCAUUUCGGUAGGAAAAGUCUUGCCUGUACCAGCGCACUGGGAAUGGCGUUAUCGUCUGGUGGUAUUGCAGUUGCUAUUAAAUAUCACGUGGUACCAACAUGGAUACCGUUAUUGUGCAUUGCACUUCAUGUCGCAUUUUCAAUGAUUGGUUACUUAACUCUUCCCUGGGUCAUGACCUCAGAAUUGUAUCCCCUCAAGUAUCGCAGUACCGCUGGUGGUUUGACGACAGCCAUUGCCCAAAUUAUGACAUUUGCUGCUAUAAAAAGCUACCCGCAUGUAAAUACUACCAUUGGUGUCCAGCCGACUUUGUAUAUUUUCACAAUAGCUGCGUUACUUGGCGCACUAUUUGCUAGCACUAUUUUACCGGAAACCAAAGGGAAAAGUUUGGACGAAAUUGGCAAAGGGCUUUCAGCACCGAAAGUUAAGAAUAAUUGUAAUUUAAUUGUUAACGAUAGAUUUUCAAUGCUACCUGAUGAUAAAUAUGUUAUAUAUCCUAAUGAUAUUGUUGUUCCUAAAGAAUAUAAUAAUUUAGGAAUGGAUUUGAGUGAUGAAAAGGACGUUGUGUUGAGGUCUGAAGUUGGUAACAAUCAGGAAAAUUUUAGAGAUAGGGGUGUUUUGAAAAUUUCGACAUUAGAGCAUGGGUAUAUUUAAAUAUUUUAUGAAACUCAUGUUCGAAAAAUACGCCGCUAACCGACUUUAGACAUUUCAUGACGUUUUUCUUCAUGCAUUCGUUACAUUAACUAGUGUAUACUUUUAGUGACAUCGAGUACUAUUUCGUGUGUUGGCAAUACUCGAUUCACUCGGUGUAUAGAAUUCUAUUUCGUGAUUAUGCUGACGAUAAUGAUAUAAUAUUAAUUGAUAAGACUUUUAGUUAGGUUUGUUUUUUAGAAGGUAAUUUUUAUAAUUUUGAAUAGUGAGAGAUUGAUUAAUAAUUUGUGACGUAAACUAGUGAUCAAACAGCUCGAUUACCAUAUGUUUUGAAAAGGGGUUUUCUUGGCUUUGCUAAAGAUUCAGAGGUUUAUUUUAUGAAAUUGAGUAACGGAUGAAAAGAAUGAAAUGAUCGAUUAAUAUUCGACUGAAUGAUCUCAAUUUUUUAUAAAAUCUUAGUUGUGAUUAAUUUUUUUUAUUAUCGUCGUUAAUUGAAAUCGGUUAAAGUUCGAGGUAUUUUAUGCAUAUGAUAAUAAUCAAAAUAAUUCAAAUUUCAAAAAUCGGACUAUAAUCAAAAAUUGAUUUUUGAAAAUUUUCAAAAAAGGAAAUUAGAAAACCUGUAAAUUUUGUACAUCUAAAAAUGAACUAAUAUGAUAAAUGUUUUUUUUAUUCAGAAUUAAUUUUUUUAAUCCGUUUUGAGUUAAUAAUAAAUGUUCAAAAAUUAAUGCUGCUCAAAAAUAAUAAUUAACCUUGAAUUUUUUGUUUAAAACUUCUGCCGCGGCUAAAAUAUUAAAUUAACAGAAAAAUGUUUCAGAUAUAUUUUGCAGGAAAUUUAAUUCUCUAUAAAAAAGGUCCUUAUCAAAAUUCUCAAAUAUACACUAGUUAAAAAGUUACAUGCGUCCGAAAUUAUGCGCAUUUUACCUACCAAUACUUUUAGAUCAGUUCAUUAAUGCUUUAAGACUCUAUAGCUUUUAAAAUACUACACCUACAAUAAUUUUGCUCAGAACCUUUUUUGUAGAGGACAAAAUUUCCUACAAAUUACCUUAUACAAAUUUUUUCAUAAAAUUAAUACUUUAGCCGUGGCACGUAUUCAUGCGAAAUUUGAAACCUUGUAAUCUUUGGGCAAUUUAUCUAAGCUCCUUAUACAUAUAUUUAAGUAGGAAGUAUGUAUAUAUAAAAUAUAUAUAUAAUUUUUUUCUUGACUUAUUCACAUGAAAACUCCUACAUCCGAUACCUCUAAAUCAUUAAAAGAGCUCAUAUUUAAUAUUU